ACUGUUCCUAAGAUAAGCUCGGGUGAGGGCUUACCGAACCCCGCAUCGUCUCAUCCCAUCUUCUCCACGUCCGUUCUCAAGGCGGGUUAAGGCCACCAUGCACCCUGCGCGUUCUCCGAAGGGGAGCUGUUGCGGAGUCGGAACGGGAGGGGGAAGACGGCUCGCCGAAGUCCCGGGCUUUAUGCUGACUUUCCCGUCAUUCACCUGCGUCGGGCUCCGCUUUGUUAUGGUUAUAUCAGCUCACGAUUGCUUCAUAGCAUUUCUGCUUCAAGAAUUGCCCCUUCACACGCUUGAGUUCUGCUGCCGCCGCCGCCGCCUGCGCCCUUUUUCACAUCAGUUGAAAAAAAAGAAGGAAAAAAAAAAAAGGAAAAGAAAAAAACCAAAAGUUGAUAACGUUACCGGGACAUAACCUCCCCCACCAUGGGUAAAAUCGCACAGAUGGAAUACUUUCGGGUACCACCCAGGUGGUUGUUCGUCAAGAUCACCGACGAUGAAGGAAACGUUGGCUGGGGCGAGGCUUCUCUGGAGGGCCACACCCAGGCUGUCGAGGGAUGUCUGGACGCGUGGUUUGAGAGAUACCUGGGCAUGGAGGCCGAUGAUAUCGAGCACAUCUGGCAGAUGUCGUGGCGGACAACCUUUUACCGGGGCGGUCCCGUCUUCAUGAGCGCGCUGGCAGGUAUCGACAUUGCUCUGUGGGAUCUGAAAGCGAGAAAGCUCCGUCUUCCCAUCUGGCAGCUGCUGGGCGGAAAGGUCAGAGACAAGCUCAAGGUGUACGCAUGGAUUGGCGGCGACAGGCCGAACGAUGUUGAGAAGCAAGCACUCGCUCGGAAAGAGCAGGGAUUCAACUGCGUCAAGAUGAACGGCACAGAGGACCUCGGCUGGCUCGACUCGCCCGCCGCCCUCGACGCCGCCGUCGAGCGCGUCAAGGCCGUCAAGGCCCUCGGCAUGGACGCCGGCGUCGACUUCCACGGCCGCGUCCACAAGCCCAUGGCCAAGCAGCUCGCCAGGGCGCUCGAGCCCCAUCGCCCGCUCUUCAUCGAGGAGCCCCUCCUGUCCGAACACCUGGCCGGCAUCCAGGAGGUCAGCCGGCUGACGUCGAUCCCCAUCGCCCUCGGCGAGCGCCUCCACAGCCGCUGGGACGUGAAGCCGUUCCUGGAGGCCGGCUGCGUGGACAUACUGCAGCCCGACAUCUCGCACGUCGGCGGCAUCUCCGAGAUGCGCCGCAUCGCCGCCAUGGCCGAGGCCUACGACGUCGCCCUGGCGCCGCACUGUCCGCUGGGCCCCAUUGCCCUGGCCGCGAACGCGCAGGUCGACUUUGCGUCGCCGAAUUUCGUGAUUCAGGAGAUGAGCCUGGGGAUCCACUACAACAGCACCGGCCAGGACCUGACGAGCUACACUCACAACCCCGAGGUGUGGAAGGUGACGGACGGGUACAUCGAUCUGCUCACUGGACCCGGGCUGGGUAUCGAGAUCGACGAGGCCCAGGUGCGCGAGCUGUCUAAGGAUGCGAAGGCUUGGGUGAGCCCUGGGUUCAUUGGGCCAGGCGGUGAGAUUAGAGAGUGGUAAAGCAUUGAGUAAAAAAAUAGUUGCCCCGUUCUUCAUUGUCUUGAUGGAUAUCCAUGCUUUGGCUUACUGAUUCGAUAUCUGUUGGAUUUAAGCAAGUGUGGAAAACACCAUAUGCUAAUAAUAGACCAACAAGGCGUCACAGAAACUAUUCGGUCUCAGGGAGCC